UACUGGAUGCGGAACCAUAUAAUAGUAGAAUGAAAAGUACGUCGGAAGCAUUUUUGUGAAGCUCUCUCUUUCAUGGACUUUCGCUGACAAUCAAAAUACUGGAUUGAUGUUGGCCAAUUUGUCAGCCAUGAUGACCCAUGGGUUUAAGAGCAGUAAGCAAGACUUCAUAUUUGGACCAUGGAAAGUGACUGCAGCAAAAACCCACAUUAUGAAGUCUAAGGACAUUGAACGGUUAGGGGAGGAGAUGCACAUGCCCUCACUCCCAGAGAUGCUGUUUGGGGACAACGUUCUACGCAUUCAGCACACAGACGGCUAUGGCAUUGAGUUUAAUGCCAUCGAUGCCCUUAAGAGGGUCAACAACAUGCAGGACUCUGUGAAAGUGGCCUGUGCACAGGAAUGGCAAGAGAGCAGGGCCGAUUCUGAACACUCCAAAGAGGCUGUGAAACACUAUGACUGGACAUAUACCACAGACUACAGAGGCACUUUGUUAGGAGAGGACCAGCAGAUGAGGGCGACAGAAACGUUGGAGCGCAUCGACAUGGAGAAGCUGAAGGCGCGAGAACAAAUCAUGUUCUUCGAUGACGUGCUGCUGUUUGAGGACGAGCUUCACGACCACGGCGUGUCCAUGAUCAGCGUCAAAAUAAGAGUGAUGCCCACCAGUUUCUUCCUGCUUCUGCGGUUCUUCCUGCGAGUGGAUGGAGUUCUGAUCCGGAUAAAUGACACGCGGCUCUAUCACGAGACUGGAAAGAAUUACAUGAUCAGAGAGUUUAGCACUCGGGAAAGCAAAAUUUCAGAAUUGAAGAACGUCCCUGCUGCUCUGUAUACUGACCCCAACGAGAUCGCCCAGCACUUAACUCUGAAGCUGACCGAGUGCGAGAAGUUGGAGUUCCCUGAGACAGGCCCCCAUCCAGGGGACACAGAGGCCCCCCAGUGAUGGAGAGCAGGCUGGGUCCUGUGAUUGGACAUCAAAUUCUCCUGUCUGGAUUUAAGAUGAGCGUCGGCCAACCAGGGCAGAGUUCAUCCUCCCUCCGCUCUACAAAGAAAUACAUUGUUUUUUUUAAACCAGAAAAACACUGCACCUGCCUCCCUACACAGGAAAAACAACAGUUAAUGGAACUUAAUUUUGGCAUUUUCAAGUGGCCUCUUAUUUUUUGCUUUAUUUCACAUUUCGUCAACGCAAAUAUUUUGGUCGGAAAAUUGUGAUAAUUGCGUCUUUUAUAUUAGAACUCCACAUAAUGGGUUUGUUGAAUUCCACAUAACGUAGUCUGAUAUUUGAAUGUUGUGCUAUGUUAAAUACACCCAGACUUGGUUUGGCUAUCACAGAGAUAGCUAUUAUAGAGAUCCAUUCCUCAUGUUAUCAAAAUGUUGAAAGAGCCAGUGUAAAUAAAUUAACUUUUUGUAUGCGUUUAAUCUUUUACUGGACAUUGGAUCUUGAUUAGAGGAGAGCUCACUGCUGAAGUCGAGGAGCCCCUCUGUUGUGCAUCUCACUUUAAUGACAUCUCACUACCUUUCCCCUUUUUCAAACUAAGAUUUUGAUCUUGCUAGCUGUUGUAAUAGAACGGUCUCCUUACAGAACCUGCUCAGCUCUGCUUGUUUUAUUGUAUUCAAGAUAAAUGUCAACUAAUAAAAGUCUUUAGCCUUAACAUGCCAACAUUAAAUGUUGUAAUACAUUUUA